UUGAGGUUAUGUUUAUUUGUUUUUUUAAUUUUCACAAACUUUCCACAAUUUUCUAUGAAAAGGCGACUUUAAAUUCGUCGAAUAAUUCCCGGAAUUGCAAGCGUGGACCAGGUUUACAAUUUUGGGAAAACACUUAGUCAUAACCUUAUUUUCAUUAUUGGCAAACACCAUGGUGGAAGAAGCAGAACUUAAAAUCUACAAUGAAAUAAUAAAUAAAGGGUGUUGCAAGCGAUGUGCUUUGAGGUAUUUGGGACAAUGUAAAACUUUGCUUACUUUUGAACACCCCAAUACCUGUUUAGUUAAUUUUGGAUACAUGGAUCCUAUUGAAGAGUUUGAAGAAGAACGAAAGGCAAAAAUUCGGAAAAUUAACCCUUGUUCAGUUUGUCUAGGCCUUUUGCAAGAUCCUGCCAUAGAAGAAGUUUUUGCGUGUAAAGAAUUGAAUAAUAUUUCUGAGUACCUGAAUCAGACUUUUGUGGUCUAUAUAACUUUCCCCACAUGCAUUUUAUUAAGGGAUCACAGUAUGAAACUGUAUUUAAAGCGGUUGUUUCCAAAUACCUUUGAUUGCAAUAAAGUCAUAAAAGUGAACAACGCGUGGCGAUAUGCUGUUGAGAACAGACUCUCCCAAAUUUUGAAAAAAAGUUACAGUCAUGCAUCUAAAUUAACUUUGCAUUUUUAUACCAAGUAUCAGCUGGAAGAUGAUGAAAUGGAAGCAGUGCAGCGAGUUUUAAAAGAUAUACCGAAAAAUAGUUUAAGUAAACACCGCGUUUGCGACAUGUUAGAAACAAUAUCAGACAGCGAUUUUAGUAACUUAGUAACUGUACCCCCUAGAGUCCCAUUUUAUUCCGUUACUUUUGAAGCAUUGAAGUACUACUCAGAAGCUAUUCAUUUAGCAGGAAAUUACUUUAAAUAUUCUAGAGAGAUAUUUCAAGCCCAAAAUCCAGUUAAUAAGGCUUCCUUAGAUUUUAGUAUAGAAGCGAUAAUCACAAAUGCAAUAAGAAAUGUGGCGAGUAACUUCAAAGAAGCAAUUUUUAAAUCGUCUGGUUUUGACGAUCAAAACAUUCGAGUCCUUGGGAGCGGCAGAACCUUCCACUUACAGUUAAACGAUCCCAAAUUUGAAUCACUUUCGCGGAAACAAUGCCAAGUAAUUGAAGAGAUUAUCAGGAGCAGUAGAGUAAUGGCUGUGCGAAAUUUACGGGAAACUGACAAACGGGACAUUUCCAUCCUCCUGGACAAUGAACAACGCGGUGCGCGAAGUUACAAAGUGUUAUGUAUGGUGUACAAUUGUAAAAAUGUCGAUUAUUGUAUAAACGCGGUGAAUAUGAAUGGAAGUUUAAACGUCUGGCAAAAAAUUCCACUAAAAGUUUACCAGCAGCGCAAAUUUUAUAAUAGGAAAAAGAGGAUAUUUCAGAUUAGGGCUCGGAAAUUGAAAGGUAAUUUAGUUGAGCUAGAUUUGUGUACACAGUGCGGUUUGCACGUACCUGAAUUCAUUAAUGGGGAUUUUGGAAGGACGAGGCCUUCACUUUGUGAUAUAAUGAAUGCGAAAGUCGAUGUUUUGGCGGUUGAUAUUUUUGAUUUUCCGUCAGCACUGCAUUGUGACGAAGAGGAAGACGUAGUAAUUUAGUAUGUUUUUAACUUAUUUUUUAUUUUAAACAGAGGUGUGGAUUCAAUUAGGAGAGGUACUGAUUUAUCAAAAUUUUUAAUAUUUUAUGAUAAUAAAGAACUCUUGAGACUUA